AUGUUCUUGGAGAAUCCAUCAUCUGAACACCUUGUAUUGCCUGAGUUUCCUGGUGGAGCUGAAACAUUUGAGUUGGUUGUUGAGCUGUGUUAUUGCAUCAGACGUCCUCUCAAUGUUUCCACAAUUGUUCCUUUCCUAGCUGCGGCUAAUUAUUUAGAGUUGGUGUCUGAGGAUGCUCUUACUCAACAAGCAACAUACUUCCUUGAACAAGAAGAAUUUUACAAGAAUUGGGAAACAUGUGCUGCUGUGUUGCUAUCUUGCCAGCAUCCCAAGGUUCUGGAGUACGCCAAGACAUGCGAAAUUCUACCAACAUGUGUGCGCACCAUUAAGUCCACCUCUAAACGCUAUUUUCGGAAGAGGCAAGUAUUUGAAGCAAGUUCUUCAUCACAAGUUGAAGUAGACGAUGUAGACAAUGAGGAGAAGAAAAGAUUCCUGGAACAACUUGCUGUUUUGCUUCCGAAGAAUGCGUGGAGUGGCUUGAGUCUUGGAUUUAUUCUUAUUCCCGAUCUUCACGAAGUUGCUCCAGAAGCUGUGUAUACUCUAGACAUCACCACCUUCCAGCACAUUGUCAGCUUCUACCUCCAUAAGCAUGAGGAUGUUAGCACAAUAGCUAAUCUUGUUGAUGAUUACCUGAACAAGAAUGCUGCUAAUGAUGUGGUGUCGGUGGCUCAAUUUCAAGGAUUAGCAGACUCAGUCCGGCAUGCUAGAUCCGUGGACGACAAUCUCUAUUUUGCUAUUGAUAUGUAUCUACAGACACAUCCAUCCUUGGCUGAAUGGGAGAAAGAGAAGAUAUGUCAAUCUUUGAAUUGCCAAAAUCUUACUUCUGAAGUUCAGAACCAUGCAACCAAACGUCGUGUCUUGUCUUUAAGAGCAAUUGUUGAGCUUUACUCUCUCAACAAUCAGGAGCUCAAACAUGAAGUUCAAGAGAAUAAGAGGAGGAUUUCUGCUCUUGAGAACACAGUUGACAAUCUAAGUAAAGAGGUGGAGAAGUUGGGCAGUGGGAAGUCAAAAGGAUGGACAAGCCUAUCUAAGAAACUUGGCUUCAACAAGAACCUGCAGGUGUGUACUACAAGUCAGGAUGCGGUGCAUAACCCAAAUCCUAUGAGGAGGGACAAUCUGGACUCCUCUGAGCAAUGA